AUGGCGCCAACAGUGACAUACAAUGGAGUCGAAGCAUCCGAAGGAGGAACCAUAUUCAAGGACUGCAAGUUUUGGAUAGCACAACGAGUUCCCCAAAGAUCGCGAUGGAUAGACCUGAUCAGACAAAAUGGCGGAACCGUAGUGCCCCUGGAAAAGCAAGCCGAUAUGCUCAUCGCGGAUUAUGUAAGAAAGGAUGUUCCGCCCGGAUCAUAUUCUUGGCAGUUCAUUGAGGACUCUAUCAACAAUGGCAUCAUUCAACUCAAGGAUCGGUACCUCAUAGGACGACACCCUGACGAGCUAAGGCCCGUGGGCAGUGGCCAGCUCUCAAGGUCAACCCGAACAAAAUUCAGUGCUGAGGACGACGCGAAUAUCGCCAAGUGGGCACUGGAACAUCCAACUGAGCAAAAGGGAAACAGGAUAUGGCAGGAAUACGAGCGCAUCAAUCCUAGGCAUACUGCACAGUCAUGGCGGGAUCGAUAUGUCAAGAAGUUGCUUUUACUGGGCCGAGGCGAUUUGGAGAGAUUGGCAGCCCAGGCAAAAGAUGAAGCAAGGCCGAUUGAGAACACUGCUGCUCAGCCAGAAGAGCAACGUCCUGCAGUCAGAAAAACGACACAGAAGGCUACCAUGCAGCAACCACCUACGGAACAAAUCGCCAAUCCCACAAAGCCUAGCCCUUUGAACAAGGCACCGCAGCGUAAACGCCCAGUAUUGCCAUCACAAACUGUCGGGGAAGAUCUUCAGUCUCAGCCUCGCGGCCCAGCUACACUCGAAGACACAAACGACAGCGGGAAACAAACUUUCUAUAAUGAUUUGAGCGAGUACAUCAAUGUCACGAACGCAGACAUCAAGAUACACCACACCAUCAGUGGGAGGACUAUCGAGUUAUGGGAUCUUGCGAGGGCUACUGAAUCUUUAAAUUCAGAAAGCCAGCUGCUAGAUUGGUACAGGGUUGCCGAAGAUCUAGGCUUCGAUGACCCAGGUGAUGAUACCGUCGGCGAGCUGGUCUCAUGUUAUGCUCAGAACCUAAGACAAUUCCUCGAAAUGGUGCAGGGGUUUGACGACAAGGAAGAGGCUUUUGAACCUCAAGACGCAGUUCACGACACGGAACCCAGCCACGAUAUAAACUUCGAAGAUGGCCAAGACAGCGGUUUGCCGCAAAGCUAUGUGCCGUCUUCGCCCCCUGUCGAUGCUGUUAAAGAUCUAAAGCGAUCUGCGAAUCGUCACCCAUUAUCUUCGUCUGGCCACUUGAAUAAGAGAAGGCGCUAUCACAAAGAUAUGGAGAUACCAUCAACACCCGAGCCCCAACUGGUUCCCGAGCUGCCUCGUACCCAUGAACCAUCUCUAGGUGCUCUUGAGAGCUCGCAGUGGCCAGAUUAUGUCGGUGAAAGCGAGGCCUCGCAGCAUCUUCCACCUCUUCCGAUACAGUACGAAUCCCAAGAUCUCGGGACACGUACAAUUCCAAGGCAAGACCUUCGACAUCAAUCAGUUGACCUCGCUCCAAUCCCGACCCGCGAGAUCAUGGAUUCCACACCGAUACCGCUUCAUUUAAACAGACCACGUCAAGAGAUAUUGCCUGCCAGUAGGAGGAAAGAACUACAUAUCGAAGCAUCAAGAAGACCCCGUGAUAGCAGCUUUGAGGAUCAGACUGCCCCUAAGCGAGCGGUCUCCUCGACAAAGCCAAAUCCAACAACCAUCGCUAAACGUGCUGUUCGUCGUUCUCUUCCCGCCUCAUUUAACUCUGGUCGGAACUCAACUCCACAGCGCAGCCAUCCUCAAGAAUCCGACAAAUCCAACACUCGCGAGAUCCAGAAAUGGACCUCACACUAUGAAUCAAUGGGAUUCUCGCGCCAGAUUGUUGUGGAAGCUCUGAAACGGACAACCCUCACACCAGGAAACCUAGCCCUUACCGCCAUGCAGCAUUUGAAAGAUGGUCGUGGGAUACCCACCCGUUACGAAGGAAUCUGGACAGACCGCGACGAUGCAGACCUGCAGUUUGUAUCAAGUAUAGACUUCGACAACCCUCCUACUAGCGAGAGUGAAGAGCGCCAGCAGGAACGCGCCCAGAAAGCUCACAAUCGCCUUAUUAAAAAGCACGGCUUCGAAAGGUUCAAGUUAAGGAAGGUCUUUCUUGAUGCCCAGACAACAGAGGGCGGAUAUGGUAUGGAAGCUUAG